AUGCAGACACCACACCCAGGCAGCCACUUGCAGACACCACCCCCAGGCAACCCCAUGCAGACACCAGGCCCAGGCAGCCCCAUGCAGACACCAGGCAGCCCCAUGCAGACACCACCCCCAGGCAGCCACAUGCAGUCACCACCUCCAGGCAGCCCCAUUCAAUCACCACACCCAGGCAGCCCCAUGCAGUCACCACCCACAGGCAGCCCCAUGCAGACACCACCCACGGGCAGCCCCAUGCAGUCACCACACCCAGGCAGCUCUAUGCAGACACCACCCACAGGCAGCCCCAUGCAGUCACCACCCACAGGCAGCUCCAUGCAGACACCACCCACAGGCAGCCCCAUGCAGUCACCACCCACAGGCAGCUCCAUGCAGACUCCACCCACAGGCAGCCUCAUGCAGUCACCACCCCCAGUCAGCCCCAUGCAGACAACAGGCCCAGGCAGCUCCAUGCAGACACAAGGCCCAGGCAGCUCCAUGCAGACACCAGCCCCAGGCAGCCCCAUGCAGACACCAGCCCCAGGCAACUCCAUGUAG